AUGAACAAAUAAUUGCUCAAAGAAUAAAUUAAAUUCGGACUAUGUGAUCCUAAUCUAUUCAAAUAAUUAAAAAUAGUUGAUGAUAUUGAAAGUGAUGUUGCAUUUCAAUUAUUAUCCAAAAGAGCAACAUUAAUAGAAAUCAAAAAAGAUGAUAUCAUAAACAUAGACAAUCAAUUUUAUUAUAAAUUAUUACUUGGUGAUAUUCUUAUUAGAGACAAUAAGAUUAUUGCAUUACAAAAUAGUGAUGUAAUUCUAAUUAAUAAAGGAUUAAUUGAGUGGUUUUAAUAAGAAGAAAAACUAAAUAAAAUUGAAAAUUGCAUAGACAUUCUAUUUGAAUUAUAGAUUUUCAAUAGUUUGAGUUAUUAUCAAUUGAAAUAAUUGGUAAAAUAGAGCAUUUAUAUAACCCUUAAUGAAAAUCGGAUGUUAUUUCAUUAAGGAGAAGUACCAACAGAUGGAAUUAUUCUUGUGAAAGGAUAAUUGUAAUAGUUCAAAAGUACAGAAGGAAUUGAACUGGUUUUUAAUUAGAAUAGGAAGCAUUUUGCAAUAUAUGAAUGUAUAAACUCAAAACCUAUGUAAUUUAAUGUAAAAACUAAGUCAGAAUGUGCAUUAAUAAAAAUCAAUAGAAAAACACUACUAAAAUAUGAAUUAGAUUUAAAAGUGAAAAAAGAGUUGAAUAUUGAUUUAAAUUAAUUCAAAUUAGAAAUCAUUAAAAAAAAAGAAUGGUAGAAAUUUAAAACAAGUAAGUGAUUAUCAAAGAUUUAAUAGAAGUAAUAGAGGAAGUAAAUAAGGAUUUGGAAAGAAAAAGAUAAUUACCUAAACUUAGAACUCAAAGUUAAUAUUGA